GACAACAAACCCUAAUUUAAAGUCUUAAGGAUGCUGCCAGUGUCCUCGUCCCGUCAAAGUCCACCGCCGUCUCCCAAAAUGGCGUCACCUUCUUCGCUGUCUCUUGCCACCGUCUCACGUAGAGGAUCUGAAUCUCCGAGCAAGAAGGCCCUGAAUCUGAGCUUCGCUGACCUUCCAUCAGACCUCCUAGGUACAAUAAUGUCUUAUCUUGUCUUGGAAGACAACAUCCGUGCAUCUUCGGUUUGUAAGUCAUGGCGUGAAGCUGCUGUAUCCGUCCGUAUAGUAGAUAAGCAUCCUUGGCUUAUGUGCUUUCGUAAACGUGGCAACUUGGUUGAACUCCGCGAUCCGUUACAUUGGAAUUUGUACACUUUGAGUUUGCCAGAGUUAGCUGACUCCACUGUGGGUUACUCAAGAGACGGCUGGUUACUUAUGGAUAAAACUAGAUCGAAAGACGUGUUCUUCUUCAAUCCGUUUUCUCGGGAGGUCAUAACCUUGCCAGAGUGUGAGCUGGAUUUCGAUAGGAUUGCGUUCUCUUGUCCUCCUACAUCAGAUAACUGUGUGGUGGUAGCUAUAAGGUUUCCAGAUUAUUCUGCCACGAUCAGCACUUGCCAUCCUGGAGAUGAUAAGUGGGUUACUGCUACAUUCCCUAAUCAUAUAAGGGCUCAUAAGCUGAGCAACCUUGUCUACCAGAAUGAUCGAUUCUAUUGCUUUAAUUCAGAAGGAACUUUGUCUUCGUUUAACCCAUCUUCAUGUAGGUGGAGUUACAUUUGUGCACCUAAACUCAGAUGCCCGUAUAUCUACGAUGGAAAAUAUGCAUGUAAGGAGAAGGCAGUUUCCUUGGCAGAGAAGGAAGGAGAGCUCUUUGUCAUAUUUACGUGCAGCAACGAGAGGCCAAUGGUGUAUAAAUUACUAGUCUCUUUGAAGUGGGAGGAGAUGAGUACGUCUACAUUUGAUGGCUUGACGAUAUUUCUCGGUUUUUGUAACUCGGAGUUAAGAACUAAUCUCCCAUGGAUGAGGAACAAUAUCUAUUUCUCAAGGUUUGGUUACAAUCGUAAACGUUGUGUAUCCUACUCGUUUGAUGAAAGCAGGUACAAUCCGUGCAAAGAAUGGCAGAACUGGAUAGAACUAUGUCCUCCUCAAAGCCUCUGGCUCGAUCCGCCUCCGAAAAAUGUGUUAGACCUUAUGUUAAGCUCUCUGCAUAACAAUUGAGAAGGUUUGUUUUUCUUGUGUUAAUGUGUAAUUGGGGGAUUUGGGAGUUCUCACUGUUGUGUUUAUGCUAACCAGAACUGUUUCGGCUUGUACUUUAGAUUCAGUUUUAUGUAUUAUUAAUGACUGUAUGUGCGAAAUUAUAAG